AUGGGGGUGUGGCAGAGCACACCAGUUCCCCUGGAGGUAGCGCAGGCGGCGGCAAACGAGACGAGCAAUUGGGGGGUGCCGCCUGAAGACAUCCCGGAAGAUGAGAAAGAUAUUGAGGAGCUCGUGCUGCAGACGUGGGCCUUCUGCAAGGCCAAGCCCUCUCCCGCCCAAACCUAUCGUAGUGAUGUGGAGGAGCGGAAGCGGCGUAUCUCCGUAUCGUGGCGGAAGCGUGCGAGCUUCCUUGAGCUUGACUGCGGGGAGGACAGCUUCUUCGUGGCUAACACAUACAAAGUCAUUGGCGUGGCGGAUGGUGUAGGUGGUUGGCGCGAUGAGGGGGUGGACCCGGCGCUUUUUUCAAACUCAUUGAUGGAAAACGCCAAGCUGUUUGCCGAGACUCACCGCAAGGAAUUGAACCCCGAGGUAAUUCUGCAAUCCGCCUUCGACAAGGUGCUGAACGACAGGGAGGUGAAGGCGGGCAGUGCGACGGCGUUGGUGGCAACGCUGCGCAAGGAAGAUUCCGGAAAACACAUCCUUGACGUCGCCAACGUCGGAGACAGCGGGCUCCUUGUCGUUCGAAACCGCCAAGUGCUGCACCGGGUGCACGAAAAGGUCCACGGCUUUAACGCCCCGUUUCAGCUGGCAGUUGUACCUCUCCAUCUUCGGGGUCGCGCCUUCUCCGACAACGUGAGCGACGCCACGCGCGAGAAGGUGGAGGUACAAAAGGGUGACGUCGUCAUCGCUGCCACAGAUGGCUUUUUUGACAACCAGUUCAACGCCACCAUCGCCUCCGACGCCGGCUGGAUUGGAAAGGUAGAGGGGAGUGCGAUGGAUCGGGUGCCACUUGUGGGUUUUGUUUUGAGCGCCAUCUUUGCGGAUGAAAAGGUUGCGUACAUUGACCCGCAGCGUGUAGCGCAACGCCUCGUACAGAGCGCCUACAAGGUCUCGCUAGAUCACGAGGCCCACAGCCCGUGGGCGUCGAUGCUGCGCAAGUUUGGCGCAGAGGACGCAAAGGGAGGUAAGACGGACGACAUCACUGUCGUUUUGAGUCGCGUCACUACGCGCGAUGAACUCAACACCAGCAACAUGUGGUAG